AUGGGUAAGGGAACCAGUUAUGGACAAGUUAUGGACAGGGCGUGGAUGGGAAGCGGAGAGGGGCAGGGAAGCAGCAUGGGCCAGAGAAUUGGUUAUGGACAGGGCAUGGGCCAGGGAAGCGGUUAUGGACAGGGCGUGUGCCAGGGAAGCAGGUAUGGACAGGGAAGCGGUUAUGGACAAGGUGUGGGAUAUGGAAGUGGUUAUGGACAUGACGAGGGACAAGGAGAAGCAGUUUAUGGACAGGGCAAGGGACAGGGAAGUGGUUACGGACAGGGUGUGGGCCAGGAAAGCCAUUAUGGACAGGGAAGCGGUUAUGGACAUGGCGUGGGACAAGGAAGUGUUUGUGGACAGGGCGUGGGACAGGGAAGUGGUUAUGGACUGGGCGUGGAACAUGGAAGCGGUUAUGGACAAGGCGUGGGAUAUGGAAGCGGUUAUGGACAGGGCAUGGGACAGGGAAGUGGUUAUGGACAGGGCGUGGGACAGUGA